AUGACUUCUUUUGCUAGUGCAUUUGGUUCGUCAAGUCCUGAUGCAAAUAGUUUAAAUAAUGGAGAAACUAAUUUAAAUAAUUCAGCUGAAAGUCAUCAAGAAGAAUCAAAGAAUUUUUCAAGUAUAGAUCUCGAUCAACAAUCAACACCACCAUCAUCAUCAUCACAGCUUCAAAAGCAACAUUCAUCUUAUGUUAGUCUAACUGAUGCAGCUACAUUUCAUACUGAUUCAAAUGUUACAACUAACAAUACUGCACGUAUUCCAAUAUCAUCAUCAUCUCAAGAUUUUCCUUCGAAUUAUUCAACAAAUACAACAAUUGAUACAUCUUCAAUAUUAUCUGAUAAACGUAUUUCUAUUCCUGAUAUGUCGAAAAUAUCAGCAUCAUCUGCUGCAGCUGUUGCUGCUGUUGGACCAACUAUUGAUAAAUUAAAACAAUGGGGUCUUUCAACAUAUAAAUGUACAAAACAAACACUUUAUGAAAAAUUAGGUAAAACAAUACGUACAGUUGAUGUUGAACUUGAAAGUCAAAUUGAGCAACUACGAGAAACUAAACGUCGAUAUGAAAAUGUACUUGCUUUAGCACGAAGUUAUGCCAAUCAUUUUUCAAAUUUAUUAAAUACACAAAGAGCUUUAAGUGAUACAUUUCUUGACUUAAAACAUAAAUCAUUUAAUUUAUGUGAUGAAUACGGUUAUAAUGCUGAUACUCAAAAUUUAUUAGUACGACAUGGUGAAAUUUUAAUGGGUGCAUUGAAUUAUUUUAUAUCAACGCUUGAUACACUUUGUAAUAAAACAAUUGAAGAUACAAUUACUACUAUUCGACUUUAUGAAACGUCGAGAUUAGAAUAUGAUGCAUGUCGAACAGAAAUGGAACUACUUUCACCAGGUUCACAAUUAAAUGAAAAACAACGAGAAUUUGAAAAAUAUAAAGAAAGAUAUGAAAAAUUGAAAUGUGAUGUCAGUAUUAAACUCAAAUUUCUUGAUGAAAAUCAGACAAAAGUUAUGAAAAAGGAAUUACUUCUUUUUCAUAAUGCUAUUGCGGCUUAUUUUUCAGGCAAUCAAGCAGCUCUUGAUGCAACAAUGAAACAAUUCAAUUUAAAAAUUGUAACAAAUGGUGAUAAUAGUCAAGAAAAAAAAUCGUUUUUAGAACAGUUUCAUAACUAG